UCGCUCCCCGGUUCCCGCAGUUCCGUUCCGGUCCCUUCGUGUCCCGCUCCGCCAUGUCCGUGUCCGUGUCCGGCUCCUCCCGGCGCGACGCUCCCGACCCGCCCGAUUUCGGGAUCCUGAAGCGCCUGGCCCGGGACCAGCUCAUCCACCUGCUGGAGCAGCUGCCCGGCAGGAAGGAUCUGUUCAUCGAGCCCGACCUGAUGAGUCCCCUGGACCGAAUCGCCAACGUGUCGGUGCUGAAGCAGCACGAGGUGGACAAGCUGUACCGGGUGGAGACGCGGCCGGGACCCGGCGCCAGCGACCAGCUCUGUUUCCUCGUGCGGCCGCGGGUCCGGACCAUGCGAUACAUCGCAGACAUCGUCAAUGCUGACAAGAUGUCAGGAAGGAGCCGCAAAUACAAGAUCAUCUUCAGCCCCCAGAAGUUCUACGCCUGUGAGAUGGUGCUGGAGGAAGAGGGUGUCUAUGGUGAUGUCACCUGUGAUGAAUGGUCCUUCUACUUGCUCCCCCUGGAUGAAGAUAUCAUCAGUAUGGAGCUGCCUGAGUUCUUCCGGGACUAUUUCUUGGAGGGAGAUCACCGCUGGAUCAACUCAGUUGCUCGAGCCCUGCAGCUGCUGAACUCCCUGUAUGGGCCAUUCAACAGGGCUUAUGGGAUUGGGAGGUGUGCCAAGAUGUGCUACGAGCUGUGGCGAGACCUGGAGGAGGAGAGCGAGAGUGAUGGGCAGGGGAGAAAGGCAGAGAUUGGGAACAUCUUCCUCAUGGACAGAGACAUUGACUACGUCACAGCGCUGUGCUCCCAGGUGGUGUACGAGGGGCUGGUGGAUGACACCUUCCGCAUCAAGUGCGGGAGUGUGGAUUUUGGGCCAGAAGUCACCUCUUCUGACAAGAGCAUUAAGGUGCUGCUCAAUGCCCAGGACAAGAUCUUCAACCAGAUUCGGAAUGAACACUUCUCCAGUGUGUUUGGCUUCCUGAGCCAGAAAUCUCGCAACCUGCAAGCACAAUAUGAUCGCCGCCAGGGCAUGGACAUUAAGCAGAUGAAGAACUUUGUCUCCCAGGAACUGAAAGGACUGAAACAGGAGCAUCGCCUGUUGAGUCUGCAUAUAGGUGCCUGCGAGUCCAUCAUGAAAAAGAAAACCAAGCAGGACUUCCAGGAGAUGAUCAAGGUUGAACAUGCUUUACUGGAGGGUUUUGACAUCCGGGAGAGCACCAGCUUCAUUGAGGAGCACAUUGACCGGCAGGUGUCCCCUAUUGAGAGCCUGCGCCUGAUGUGCCUGCUGUCCAUCACGGAGAAUGGUCUCAAUCCCAAGGACUAUCGCUCCCUGAAGACCCAGUACCUGCAGAGCUACGGGCCCGAGCACUUAUUGACCUUCCACAACCUCAAGCGCAUCGGGCUGCUGACGGAGCAGGCAGCUGGGGAGACCCUGACAGCGGUGGAGAGCAGAGUCAGCAAGUUGGUGACUGACCGAGCAGCAGGAAAAAUUACAGAUGCAUUCAAUUCCUUGGCCAAGAAGAGCAACUUUCGAGCCAUAAGCAAGAAACUGAGCUUGAUCCCACGGGUGGACGGCGAGUACAACCUGAAGGUGCCUCGGGACAUGGCGUAUGUGUUCAGCGGGGCCUACACGCCCCUGAGCUGCAAGAUCAUCGAGCAGGUGCUGGAGCGUCGCGGCUGGCAGGGCCUGGAGGAGGUGCUGCGGCUGCUGAACGGGAGCGAGUUCUCCAUGGCCGACGGAGCGAUGGAGGAUGGCGCUGCACAGCGCGUGGUGCUGGCCGUGUUCAUUGGGGGCUGCAGCUACUCCGAGAUGGCGGCGCUGCGAUUCGUGGGCAGGGAGAGAGGUUACCGGUUCAUCUUCCUGACCACCGGCAUCACCAGCAGCUCCCGUGUGAUGGAGGCCAUGGCCGAGCACAAGGUGUGACAGCGCUGGGGCGGGGCGGGCUGCGCUGCGGGGCCCGGCCCGCUCAAUAAACGCCGCCGUCCAGUCCGA